UUAUUAGCCAAGUAAUAACUAUAACAGGUCUGUUUGGCUAACGAGAAAAUGAAGGAAAAUUCCCUCUCCUCUUCUCCUCUUUCAAUCACUCCGUGCCGCAUUCCCCUGUCUCUCUCUCCUCCAUCUCCGUUUCUCUCCGUCGUCGUCAGGGGAACCGGGGCUAAAAUAGAGAGAAGAAGGGGAGGAGACAGAGAGAGGAGGGUAAGGUGUCGCACCGUAGCAGCGCACCUCCUAACGUGCGCCCUCUUCUUCCCUUUUUCCAUUUUUCUUCUUCUUCCUGAGGGGAGGUCGCUUCGAUCCCACGGCUUUUGAUUCCCCCAGGGAAUAAAAUUUUAAAUUCUCAUUUUAGCUUCGUUGCCUUAAUUUCUGUGCGGCGAAUUUCAAUUCUGGCGGACCUCAGAAGAACCCUAGAUUUCCCCCCGUUCGUACCUCGCCUCCAUCGCCGUUGAUCGCUGGUUCGAUUUCAAAUCCAGCAGGAAGAAGCGGAGAGGUCCCAGGAUGCCCUGGAUCAUGCGUUUCUCUGGCUUCUUCUCCGCCGCCAUGGUUGUGGUCGUUCUCUCGCCGUCGCUCCAGUCGUUUCCUCCCGCCGAAGCCAUCAGAUCCUCCCACCUCGACGCCUACCUCCGCUUUCCGGCGUCCAACCUCCCGCCGCACCGAUACUCCUUCAGGAAGGCCCCAACGUUCCGCAAUGCGGCCGAUUGCGCCGCCGCCGACGGCGAUUCCGGCGUCUGUAAUCCCUCUUUGGUUCACGUCGCCAUCACUCUCGACGCCGAGUACCUCCGCGGUUCCGUUGCCGCCGUUCAUUCCAUUCUCCAACACUCGGCGUGCCCCGAGAGCGUCUUCUUCCAUUUCCUUGUAUCGGAGACCGAUCUCGAAUCCCUGGUUCGUUCCACUUUCCCCAAAUUGAAGUUUAAGGUUUACUAUUUCGACCCUGAGAUUGUUCGGAGAUUGAUCUCAACGUCGGUGAGGCAAGCGCUCGAGCAACCGCUGAAUUACGCUAGGAAUUACUUGGCCGACCUCUUGGAACCUUGCGUGCACCGAGUGAUCUACUUGGAUUCCGAUCUUAUCGUCGUCGAUGAUAUAGCCAAGCUGUGGAGGACGCGGUUGGGUUCGAAAACGAUCGGAGCGCCCGAAUACUGCCAUGCGAACUUCACCAAGUAUUUCACAUCGGCUUUCUGGUCGGACGAGCAGUUUUCCGGCGCGUUCAGUGGAAGAAGACCGUGCUACUUCAACACGGGGGUGAUGGUGAUGGAUCUGGACAAAUGGAGGCGCGUGGGAUACACGAAGCUGAUUGAGAAGUGGAUGGAGAUACAGAAGAUCGACCGGAUCUACGAGCUUGGGUCUCUGCCGCCGUUUCUGCUGGUUUUCGCCGGAGAAGUAUCGCCGAUCGAGCACAGGUGGAACCAGCAUGGACUGGGCGGGGACAACGUGAGGGGAAGCUGUCGGGACUUGCAUCCCGGUCCGGUGAGCUUACUCCAUUGGUCGGGCAGUGGAAAGCCGUGGUUCAGGCUGGAUUCGAAACGGCCGUGUCCACUCGAUACCCUCUGGGCACCGUACGACUUGUAUGGACAGUCGCGCUGAGUCAUCUUCAUCGCGUUCGGUCACUGCGGCGGAUUAGUCAGCUGGUAAAUUCUCUCGUCUCAGAACUAUUUUGCUCUUAAGUUAUCUUUUACGGCUUACUCCAUUAUUCUUUCUUUGCCGGUUCUUCUCGUUUGGGGGGUUUUCUCUCCGAGUUUCCGAUCUGGGAUUUGUUCUUCAUCGAUUAUUUCCCCACCCUCUUCCUCUGUAUUCUAUUCGAUUGUUCUUCUGUGCAUGAAAAUAAAAAAGAGUAAAACCAGAGGUAUAUUCAGUUUCGUUGUACAGAUUGUAUACCACAGGUGUUCAAUUCAAUAAACAUCUCCCAUUACUCUUUUUUUUU